CUUCUGAUCACUGUAUGUAUGGCACACUGCAAAGCACUUGCUGUGGCAGCACUUCUUGUGCUGUCCCUUUCUUUCCGCGUCGCGAAGGGUCGACCGGUUAGGAAGGACUUGGGUGUGGGACUGGGCGGUGGAUUAGGGCUUGGUUUGGGGGUCGGACUUGGGUUAGAUGGUUCGGGUUCGGGCUCGGGCUCGGGUUCGGAUUCUGCUUCUGCUUCUAGCUCGGGCAGGGGAUCAGGCUACGGAGCGUGGUCUGGUCCCAAUGGGGGUUAUUAUGCAUCCUCCGGUGCCGGGGUAGGUUAUGGUUCCGGUUCGGCCUAUGGCUCGGGCUCCGGAACUUAUGUUGGGUCGGGUGGGGGUUCGGCUGUAGGUUAUGGUUCGGGCUCAGCAUAUGGCUUGGGCUCUGCAACGGGCUUAGGUGGUUCAUCUAAUUUUGGUGGAGGGUCUUAUUCUGGGUCUGGCGGGGCCUCGGGUUGCGGUCAUGGCUAUGGCUCAAGUUGUGGCAUGGGCUUGGGUUCAGGUUCCGCCACAUCAGCCGGUUCGGGUGGGGGAGCUUAUGUUGGUUCGGGCUCAGGAACCGGUGCACCAUCCGGUCUUGGUGGGCGGCCUUCCACUGGUGGUGGUAGUGGUGGUAGUGGUAGCGGUACUAGUGUAGGCGCUGGUGCUGGUGCAGGUGCUAGUGUUGGUGCUGGUACCGAUAUUGGCACCGGUGCACGCGCUGGUGCUGGUGCUAGCGCCGGCACAAGUGUUGGCAUCGGCACUGGUGCAAAUGCUGGUGCCGGUUCAGAAUCCAGUUACAAUGAUGGUUCUUCUGCAACACAUGGUGAGAAUUCUCGUUGCACACCUGGAGCCGGCCCGAGCUCCGACUCAGGUUCAACCUCAGCAUCUUACGGUGCAUCAGGUAGUGGGUCAUACUCCGAUUCGAGUUCAAAUGCCAAUUCCGGCUCGUGGUCUGGUUCCGGAGCAAAUUCUAAUGCCGCUUCUGGUUCGGGAUCCACCGCUUCGUCGAGCUCAAGCUCAGAAGCAGGCUCAGGUGCACCAUCUAGCAGCAAAACAAGCUCUUAUGCUAAUUCUGGCGCAAACUCGGGUGCAGCCAAAGGUGCAUGGUCCAACGCAAAUUCGGGAGCAAGCACAAGUGCACAAUCUAACUCCAACUCGGGCUCCACUUCUAGCUCGGACUCAUCUGCAGGCGCUUGGUCCAACUCGGGCUCGAAUUCAGCUUCCGGCUCAACAACAGGAUCAGGCUCUGGGGCUUGGUCUAGUUCAGGCUCGAACUCGGGAGCAGGGUUUGACACACGGCCCAGCUAUGGUGCCGGUUCCGGUGCCGGCUUUGGCCAAGGAUUUGGUUCAGGAUUCAGAUACAACCACGUUCCUGGGUUUGUGAGCGGGUCAGGCUACGGCGUAGGUUCAGGAUAUGGGUUUGGUUCCGGAUCGGGGUUCGCUCAAGGUAACGUAUAUGGGUCGGGGUCGGGGUCGGGUUCGGGUUUCGGAUAUGGAGUUGGUACCGGUGAAGGACAUGUAGUGGGGCCAAAAGCAGGGCAUAAUUGAUGAGAAAGUACUCGUGUGGGAGCUUUUUUUGAUCAAUGCAUGCUUGGGAAUAAAAACUUUGUGACCUGGAAUUUAUGCAUCC